ACCACGUCUCAUGCCCCUUUGAGUAAACGAACCUGUGUGUCUUGUAUUGAAGAAGUAAUUCCCUGGGUGAAAUUCCCAGGGUGGCGUUGUCGAGCCCUUUUCUUGGUAACAGUAUUGGCUUUAUAUCCUUUCACCUCCACCUCGCCACACUAUAAAACGGCUUCAGUUCUCUGUCAGAAAUUGCUGUCUGACAGCAAGAUAAAGCACUGAAAAUAUUCUAAAUAUAGCAUAUACAACUGAUAUUGAUCAUUUUUGGAGGCUAAGACACAUUUGGUUGCUGCCCCCAGCCAAAGCAGUACAUUGCUUUGCUUCUGUGUCUGCACUCCUGACUGCUUCUCCAAACUGGAGGCGUGCUGAGAGACAUCGACUGUAGGUAGUACACUGACCAUGGAUAAGUACUUCAUACACCCCAAGUAAGUGCUUCCUUUAAUUCUAGUAGCUCAAUUAAAGGAAGCAGAACACACUUUUCAUCCUUCUUGUUUUCAAUGCUGAUGAGAUAUUACAGCUGUUUCCUAACACCCUGAUAGUGAGGAUUUCACUUGCCAGGUAAUAACAGGCUUAAAUGGUUCCAACACUUGGGUAAUCUUUUCCUUAUCACUGUCCCAUACAUCACAGAGCACAGCCUCUCUACACAUCUCUAGUCAUUUUUGUAAUGCAGACUUUUUAAUCAUUGUUUUCUGUCAUUGAAUCACUGCUUUACAUAAAUCUUUUUCUAAUACAGACGUGACUCUAAUUUGACCUUAUUUAUGGGUCAGCAUGACUCAUGACUGAAGGAGCUCCAGCAGGUGGGGUGUCCUUUCUCUUCUGAGGUUUAACUCGGGAUAUCUGUUGAGCUGAGUGAUCCAUGGCAGAGCUCAGCCUCCCCUCUAUCUUUAGUGAGCCACGCUCAGUGAAUGGACAGCCUAACUUUAUCUGGCCCACUGUCAUCGAAGCUGCUGGUAUUUUUAGGUGGUGGCUUGCAGUGGCAGCAGCUGCGAAAGCAUUUAAUGCCCCCUACCACCCCCCACCCCCCCAUUCCAACUCUCUCUCUCUCUUUAGCUGUUGGACAAUGACAGUAUCAGAGCUGACGCAGACACCAAGCACUCGGCUGAAGGACUGUGGUCAUAUUCCUCUCUGCCACCUGCAACCUCGCACCAAACCAAGGGGACGCAACCAAGACAUGACACCUGCGACUAAAAGCCUCAAAGUGUGAAUGGAAGAUUAAUUUUUCUUAUUUUUUACGACUCUCAGUGACCAGGAGGUGUGUCAAAUGUGAGCCAGGAUCCACAAACAAACAAAGAGAAGAGGAACAAGAGCUGAAGAGUUUUACAGAGCUUCACAACAGAGCAACAGAAAGAUUAUCUGCCAUUUCUACCAAUCAAGGAAUAAUCUAAAGACGGGCCAAAGCUUUUAUGUGUUCACUGAUGCUGGACUGAACUUUGCGAGGACAUAAUUUUAAAGUAAACUUCACAUCAUGGACAGAAUGCUUUAACGACGCGACUCAAAUAGUGCUCCUUCAUCAAAGAUAAGAGGUUCUAAUCGAGGUGAUCCAGGAACAAAGAAAAUUCUACAUACAAACCACAGUGAGGGUGACUUCAUCAUGGAUAUUUUUGGAGGCGCUCCUCGUGUUUUGGGCUACCCACGCCCUGUGGUGGCACAGUGUGGCACAGACGCCAUACUGAGGUGCCAAAUCGGUGGGGACCCUCGUCCUGAUGUGAUCUGGGAGCGUAAAAACGUCCAGAUCGUGUCUGAGGGACGCUAUAAGCUCUCUGAGGAGGGAAAAGCUUACCUGCUGACCAUCACUGGAGUGACUCUGCAGGAUGCUGGCCAGUAUAUCUGCAAGGCCAGAAACAGUGUAGGUGAAACCUACGCAGCAGCCUCCCUCAAAGUGGAAGGAGAGGCCCAGCCACAGGAAGGUGGGCAAUUAGGGGUCAACGGCGUGCAGCAAACAUUGAAAGAAAAUGGAGAAUUUGAAGGACACCAGAAUGGCUACUGCACAGUCAACAAUGGUGAACACAGGAGAGAAAAUGGAGAGGGGCUAAAUGGAGAACACAAAGGGAAGUUUCAUGAAAAACAAGAGGAGGUUGAUUUAACGUCUGAUGAUAAACCACGAUUCCUCAUCAAGCCUCUCUCUCUGCGCGUGGAUCGGGGAGAAGAUGCCGCCUUCUCCUGCAAACUCUGGGGCACUCCUCUGCCCUAGGUGAUGUGGGAGAAAGACGGGAAGAAGCUGA